AUGGACCUUAACGACAAGGCUAUGCCCAUCGAGCUAGUCACUCUUCUUCAAAAACUUGAUCAGUGGGAUCAGGUUGUAACGGUCCCCCGGUCCUACAAGGACGUUAUACCCAAGACGAUAAAGCCAGAGAUCGACGUAUCUGCGUCUCAAGCUCCCUUUUCCGACCCGCCAGAUGAGGAGGUCAGACCAACAGCUCCAUCUGAACCGCUGGGAAAGUUUCUGGCUGAUGAGUGGGAUGAAGUGGUCCACCGGCCUCUCUUGAGUCUUGUGUUCCAGGGGGUUGUGAUCAAAUGGAAUGUGGAGCACCAUCGGAUUCUGGCGGAACGGGUUCUGCAACACACCGAGAAAGCCCAGGACCUUCUUCAGGGCGCCACACAAGACAUCAAUCUUGUUGUAAAUGACUGCGCGAAUGCGAAAAUUUUGAGUUGGUACGAGUCCGAUGAUAAGUCUCUAAAUCACAUCUCGUUUUGCAUCUCGAUCGAUAUCAAGAGGGACAGCCGUGCAAUCCAACAGGUCAGAGACAAUUACAUUAUGGAAAGCAACUUCCAUCUCAACAUAACCGAACACCGGUCCCUCCGGUUUAACCCUAUUGGAAUUAUGGUCGUGAUGGCUAAAGAUCAGAAUUCACCCAAACAGCUAACGACAUGGCUGAUGCCCAAUGGGAACAUCUUGAAGACCUGGUUGACGAUGAGGCUGAUUAUCUGGAAGAACUGCCAUUCCUGCCUGGUAUCGUUAUUCAAGGCCACGAGUGGCAUCGUUUUGCCACAUCUUGCGAUAGAUGUUGGAAAGAUGUCUGGUAUGAACGACACAUGGGCAAUACAGCUGCUGGCACCCAAGAAGACAUUUUGGCAUGGACGAGUUAUCGGCAAUACAGUGACGCCUGCCCGCGGUUACUGUCCAACUGGUGCAUGCCCUGCAGCACAUAGGGGAUUGGAUCAAGCGUGUCUACUGGCCCUGGUUUAG